AUAAAAAUCUGCUUGUCUGGCAGCUCAUGGCAGCCUGUGAGUUGUAGAGUGUACUGUAGACAAUGAUCCGCUACCCGAGUACCCAUUUCAUCUAGAAUGGCGGAGUCUUUCAAAUUAGAUAGUAGCCAUUUACCGAUAAUUGAAGAAGCUUUGAAGGCCAGCGCGUUUGAUGCAGCGAAGUCCUUUGACUUGGGGUUACUCUUGGGAUUAUCAGCUCACAUUCCUUAUGAAAGGCUAAAAUCUCAAUCCUUGGAUAAAUCUAGCUUCCAGAGCCUCUUGUUGUGUUAUUUAAUACUUUGGCUAGAAUCUGGAAAUGCUACAGCUGAGAAAUUGGUCCAAUCUUUAAAAUGUAUUGAUGAAGAUUUGGCUGGAGAGAAUAUUGAAAAAUUAUUUCAUCCAGCUAGUCAACUUCUGAUGUCUUACAGUGACAGAUUGUCCCAUUUACGACUCAGUGAUGACCUAGUUGCUGAAAUGAAAGAUUUGAUAUCAACAAGCAAUAGCAACUUACUGGCUGGAGAGUCACUGAUAGAAGCUUGUGUUUCAAUAGCUGAAGAUCAUAGCAAGCUGAAAGUGUUAAGUGACCUCUUUCAAAAUUGUGAUAGCUAUAAGCUACAGGUGCUUGGUAAGGAUAUACUGAAAGAUUAUGAGCAAUUGUCUGGUAGUGUGUUGGCUAAAAGUUCGCUGUUUCCAAAUCCAAAAGCAGAAUUAAUAGUCAAUCCAAUUGAGCAGAGUAACAAUGAGAAUGGGCAACCAGUGGAGUUUGAUGGCCCUAGUAUUGCUAAGUACGAGAAAAGCAGGAAAAGGCCUCGUGGUGUAGCAGUGAUUAUCAAUAAUGUUGAAUUUGAGCCUGGAACGGGCCUUGAGAAUCGGGCGUCAUCUGACAAAGAUUGUGAAAAUCUUGGUAAUCUAUUUAAAGAUUAUGGGUACGAUCUUGUUGAAGUUAAGUGUACACGUAACUUGAAAGCUGACGAAAUGAAGAAUAAGCUUACUUCGCUAGUUCCUACACUACAAAAUGACCACGAUAGUUUUAUAUGCUGCAUUCUCUCCCAUGGCACAAAAGAUGGAGUCCAAGGGACAGAUGGAGUAGCUGUACCUAUCCAAAAAUUGACUGAAAUUUUUGAUGGAAAUUAUUGUCCUGCCUUAAUAAAUAAGCCAAAAAUCUUUUUCUUUCAAUUCUGUCGGGGUGAUUCUACACCAGUGUGUGUUACUUUGCCCCCAAAAGACAAACCGCAAGAAAAAAUGGGUUUUGACGGGAGUCAAGCUCCGCCACGCAUGAUGAAGUUGCCACACAAUGCAGAUUUCCUGUUAAGUUAUAGCACAUCUGAUGGUACUAUGGCCAUGCGAGGCCCUACAACAGGAUCACCAUACAUCAUUACACUCUGUGAUGCCAUCAGGAAAAAUCCUAAACGCAGUAUUGAUGAAAUUCUCCUACUUGUCCAUAAUAAGGUGGCUACUGGUGAUUGGGGUGAAAAGUAUGACUAUCAGCAAAUGCCUGAGAUGAUAAGUACUUUGAGAAAAAAAUUUUUCUUUAAAUAGUUUUCAUUUUGCUUCAUUUGUAUACUUUAUAUAAUAAGAUACUUUUGGUUUUUUAUUAUUAUAA